AUGGCGUCAGAAGCUGGAGGUAACGACCGCCUGGGCUGGUGGGUAGAGUAUCUCAAGGACCAGACACUGUCCCCGUUGACCAGAGACUAUCCCGAAGCUACAUCAGAGAACGUAGCCAAAAGACCCAUCGAGGCCGUUGAGGCACUGAGUGUCCCUAGCAGUACUUCAAAGGCUCUAAAGAAACUCGCAGACUUGGGGUCGCUCACAACUGUCUUACAGACUGUUCUUCUUGUCCUGGUGGGCCGACUGACAGGAGACGAGGACAUCAGCAUUGGAACCAACGCUCAGCAAGAUGGACCAGCAUUCGUCCUCAGGACGUCACUCACCGCCUCAGAACCCUUUGCGAAGUUGUUCACAAGGGUACGGGAGCUAUCGUCCCAGGCUGAAGCCAACGCCGUUCCACUCGACACCGUUCAAGCGCAUCUCAAGGCGCCGGCCCUGUUCCGGUUCGCUGCUUUCAAUGGAAGCCCGGAGAAUGCAAGCUUUCCGGGCAGUGUCGAGACUACUGAUCUACAGUUGACCUAUUCAUACUCUACGUCUUACGACCUCCGAUUAACCGCACGUUAUAACCAGCGUCUCUUUUCGAGCGCGAGGAUAGCGGGGAUUCUGGCUCAGAUCGCGCGAUUUCUUGAGGAUGUCGCAGCUGAUGUCAAUGCUGAGGUCGGACGGAUCGUUUUCAUGACUCCGGAGGAACAGAAGCUGAUUCCCGAUCCGACAAGCGAUCUUGAAUGGUCGAGCUUCCGUGGCGCCAUCCAUGACAUCUUUUCCGCCAAUGCCGAAGCCCACCCUGAGCGGACUUGCGUGGUGGAGACAAAGUCCGAGGAUGGCCCAGAACGCAAGUUCACAUAUCAGCAGAUCCAUGAGUCUUCGAACAUCUUGGCCCAUCAUUUGGUGCAGUCGGGGCUGGAGAGAGGGGAUGUGGUGAUGAUCUACUCCUAUCGUGGAGUGGACCUCGUGGUGGCCGUAAUGGGCACGCUCAAGGCUGGUGGCACGUUUUCGGUGCUGGAUCCUGCAUACCCUCCUGAUCGACAGAACGUUUAUCUCGACGUCUCGAGGCCGCGAGCGUUGGUCGUGAUUGAAAAGGCCACGCAAGAUGCUGGCGAACUGUCCGAAAAGGUUCGCGAGUUCAUCGGCGAAAACCUGCACCUGAAGACCGAGGUUCCUGCGCUGCGACUAGGAGACGAUGGCACUCUUCAGGGAGGCGAAGUUGGAGGCAAGGAUGUGUUUGAGUCUGUGCGAGGUCUGAAAGCCAAAAGUCCCGGCGUCGUGGUUGGGCCUGAUUCAAUACCCACUUUGUCUUUCACGUCGGGCUCAGAGGGGAAGCCGAAAGGGGUGCGAGGCCGACAUUUUUCUUUGGCUUUCUACUUUGACUGGAUGGCAAAGACUUUUAACCUGUCGGAAAAGGACAAGUUUACCAUGCUCAGCGGCAUUGCACAUGACCCGAUCCAGAGAGAUAUGUUCACCCCCUUGUUCUUGGGUGCUCAAUUGCUGGUACCCUCCAAGAACGACAUCCAGAAUGAACGGCUGGCCGAAUGGAUGAAGGAACAUGGCGCAACAGUGACUCACCUGACUCCUGCCAUGGGUCAGAUCCUGGUGGGAGGCGCAGUGGCGCGAUUCGCGGGACUGCAUCAUGCCUUCUUCGUUGGCGAUAUUCUGAUCAAACGAGACUGCAAGUCGUUGCAGAAUUUGGCGCCCAACGUACGAAUCGUCAACAUGUACGGCACAACAGAGACGCAACGAGCUGUGAGUUACUACGAGAUACCCAGUCGGAAUGAACGAGAAGGGUACUUGGAUGGAAUGAAGGAUGUGAUUCCCGCCGGCCGCGGGAUGUACAAUGUCCAGAUGCUGGUUGUGAACCGCCACGACCGGACCAAGCUCUGCGCAGUGGGCGAGAUUGGUGAGAUCUAUGUCCGAGCAUCGGGUCUAGCCGAAGGGUACCUGGGAACGCCGGAGCUUACGAAGAAGAAGUUCGUGGACAACUGGUUCACGGGUCACGAAAAGGGGCUUGAGAUCGACCGUGCCAGGUUCGAAGCGAAAUACAAGAAUGAACCCUGGGCGAAGUACUACCUUGGACCCCGCGACCGACUCUAUCGCAGUGGCGACUUGGGCCGGUAUACUCCCACCGGAGAUGUCGAGUGCUCUGGUCGAGCCGACGAUCAAGUCAAGAUCCGGGGCUUUCGAAUUGAGCUCGGGGAAAUCGACACGCAUCUGUCACAACAUCCUCUAGUGCGGGAGAAUGUCACGCUCGUACGACGAGACAAGUUUGAGGAACAGACGCUGGUCAGCUAUGUCGUGCCACAGUUGAAGGCAUGGACACAGUUCCUUUCGGAGAAAGGUCUGCAGGACGAACAAGACGACGGAUCUCUGGUGGGCAGAUUUGAACGGUUCCGGCUCCUCCAGCAGGAAGUGCAGGAAUACCUCCGCACCAAGCUUCCAGCCUACGCCGUGCCGGCGAUCAUCGUGCCCAUGAGAGCGAUGCCGCUGAACCCGAACGGCAAGAUCGACAAACCCAAACUCCCCUUCCCGGACACGACUUUGCUGUCAGCCAGCAGACGGCGCAAAUCAUCGAUGGCGCACCAACUCACAGAGACCGAACUGGCCCUCGCUCACAUCUGGGCCAAACUGGUGCCAGGACUGCCCCCGCGAUCGAUCAAGCCGAGCGAGUCGUUCUUCAACAUCGGCGGUGAAAGCAUGAAGGCGCAACAGCUCGCAUACCAAGUCCGACGAACGCUGGGGGUCGAUCUACCCAUCAGCAAGAUCUACAACCGACCGACGUUGAAAGAGAUGGCGGCCAUCAUCGACCACAUGCACGCGGCCAACUCUCUAGAAGGCGGCAACGAGGACGAGAAGCCCGACGGCGUCACAAACGGAGUCAAAUCGGAAGACGACUACGGCGCCGAUGCGAUACGGAUGGCCGAGCAACUCCCUGCAUCAUUCCCCAGCGCGUCAGCAGAGAUUCCUUCCUCGCCGGUCGUGUUCCUGACCGGGGCUACGGGAUUCUUGGGCUCCUACAUCCUGAAGGACCUCCUGGAUCGUCAAUCGCCGCAGAUCUCCAAAGUGAUUGUCCUCGUGCGGGCAAAGGACGACGAAACCGCCAUGUCUCGCGUCAAAGUGACAUGUCAAGCAUACGGAGUAUGGGCGGAUUCAUGGGCUUCACGCAUCCAAGGCGUGGCAGGCAGUCUAGGUCCGGCCAGAUUUGGCUUAUCCGAGACAGCGUGGAACACACUCAUCGACGAGGUCGACGUGGUGAUCCACAACGGCGCGCAAGUGCACUGGAUCAACACGUACGAGAUGCUCAAGCCGGCGAACGUGCUAGGGACGAUUGAAGCCCUGAAGAUCUGUGCAGCAAGAAAUAGCCGCAACAAGUCCAAACUAUUUGCGUUUGUGUCGUCCACCAGCGUCCUCGACCACGACCACUACGUGUUCGAGUCGGAACGCAUCAUCGCCGCCGGCGGCGAAGGCAUCAGCGAAGACGACGACCUCCAGGCCAGCCGCCACGGCCUGGGCACGGGCUACGGCCAGAGCAAAUGGGUGGCCGAGUAUCUGACGCGCGAAGCCGGCCGGCGCGGGCUGCGCGGCUGCAUCGUGCGCCCGGGCUACGUGCUUGGCUCGUCGCAGACGGGCGUCACCAACACGGACGACUUCCUGAUCCGCAUGCUCAAGGGCUGUGUGCAGCUCGGCACGCGUCCGAACAUCAACAACACCGUCAACAUGGUGCCGGUCGACCACGUCGCCCGCACCGUCGCCGCCUGUGCCUUCCAUCCGCCCUCGCCCCACGGCGUCGCCGUCGCCCACGUCACCGGCCACCCGCGCCUGCGCUUCAACCAGUACCUCGCCGCCCUGCAGACCUAUGGCUACAAGGCCGAUCUGGUCGACUAUGUGCCGUGGGCGUCGUCGCUGGAACACUAUGUCAGCUCGCAGCAGGAUUUCGCGCUGAUGCCGCUGUUCACGUUCGUCGCCAAUGAUUUGCCCUCCAACACCCGUGCGCCGGAACUCGAUGACCGCAAUGCCGAGAAGGCUCUGUACGAAGACAGCGAGUGGACCAAAGUCGAUGUCAGCGAGGGCAGCGGCGUCACCAAGAACACCGUCGGCCUCUACUUGGCGUAUUUGGUGGAAAUUGGGUUUCUGCCGCCGCCGAAUGCGGUCGCGCAGGAUGGCGCGGUCAAGAGACUUCCUCGCGUCUCCAUUAGCGAGGAGCAGCGCAAGGCUUUGGCCAGCGUCGGUGGGCGAGGUGGCUUGAGUUGA